UCCAGACUCGCUUGAGACGCAUUUAGUGAACGGGAUUUGAACAAGAGGGGAACCGGACAAUUCACUUUGAUAAAUCGAGGCAUGGCUUUCAGGAAUGGCUCUGCUGUUCAACUGCACCUUAAAACGUGCAUUCUUUUACUUUUAGGGGGUCUGUUAAUCGAAGCUGUCCCAGAGCAAGGAAGCAUGUACAUGUGGAUUGAUGCCAAUCAAGCAAGAAUAUUAAUUGGUUUUGAGGAAGAUAUUUUAAUAGUCUCAGAGGGGAAAAUGGCCCCAUUCACAGACGACUUCAGGAAAGCACAGCAGCGGAUGCCAGCAAUACCUGUCAAUAUCCACCACGUGAACUUCACCUGGCAAGCCACUGAUCAGGCAGAGUUCUUCUAUGAGUUUCAGACACUGCGUUCAUUGGACAAGGACAUAAUGGAUGACCCCACUGUCAAUGUUCCUCUGUUAGGCUCUGUGCCGCACAAAGCAUCUGUGGUCCAGGUGGGCUUCCCAUGCCGAGGUGACCAGGAUGGUGUUGCAGCAUUUGAGGUGACCAUCUUGGUGAUGAAUGCUGGUGGAAACAUAAUCCUGAGGACUCCACACAACGCCAUCUUCUUCAAGACUUGCCAAAGAGCAAAGUGUCCUGGUGGUUGUCGCAAUGGAGGCUACUGCAAUGAGAGGCAAGUUUGCGAGUGUCAGGAUGGUUUUUAUGGCGUGCACUGUGAGAAAGCUCUGUGCUCCCCUAGAUGUCUGAAUGGUGGUCUGUGUAUGAGUCCAGGCAUGUGUAUAUGUCCUCCCGGCUACUAUGGACCCAGCUGUGAGAAAGCUAACUGCAGCACCACCUGUUUGAACGGAGGGACGUGUUUCCAUCCUGGAAAAUGCAUCUGUGCCGCUGGCUUUGAGGGCAGCCGCUGUGAGCUGAGUAAAUGUCGACAACCUUGCAGAAAUGGAGGCAAAUGCAUGGGUAGGAACAAAUGCAAGUGCAGCAAAGGUUACCAUGGUGAUCUGUGCUCCAAAGCUGUCUGCGAACCCAGCUGUGGAGCACACGGGACCUGCGUAGAGCCCAACAGGUGCCAGUGCAGGGACGGCUGGCAUGGACGUCAUUGCAAUAAGAGAUUUCGUGGUGCAACCUCGAACAGUCAGAGGGCCUCUGCUUCCAAGCACAAGUCACAGCCUGCAGUAGUAAAGGACACCAAGGAAGCCCCCGAAUCCAGUCAGCACUCUGACACCAACUAUGUGGUUUAAACCUGUACAUUUUAGCCAAUGGUGUCUGGCCACUCCCUCCCUUUCAAUACCUCCUUCCUUGAAACAAAUCUUUGAUCCUCUUCUUCCGAUCCUAAUCAGUGCCAACGUGACACUCCCAAGCUGGACUGCUGCUUUCUCAGAGCAAGACUUGUUUUUGUAAUACAGUCACAGUGUCUUAUUUUACCACAGUUCCUUUGAUAUAAUAUCUCCCAGAGUUCCCCUUCAAUGAGCUUCUGUCCUGCAUUAACUAUGUAGGGAGUGAGUUCUACAUGAGUCAUAGAGUUAUUUGUCUAGUGUGGUGAACGUCAGAGAUGUUUGUGAGUUGCCCUGUGGUUUAGCUUCACAUGUGGGGGUGAAUCACUGGGUGAAUUGUACAGUACAGCCAAAGAACUUCUGUGUGGGGAUCCAGCUUAGGAUGGUAAUUACUGUGUUUGGCUUGUGCUAAAGAUUUGUUUGAUUUACCUGCUUAUUUUGUAAACAUGUUGUUGUCAUUUCCUACACUGCAAAAUUAUUUUUUUAAUCAUUAUUUCUGUCUUGUUUUCCAGUAAAAAUAUAUACACAUUCUUAAAAGAAUAGUUCACCCAAAAAUGAAAGUUCUUUCAUCCUUUGAAUGACAGCCUCAUUCACCACCAUUCACUUUUAUUGUGUGGAAAAAGAUGCAAUUUCAAAAAGGAAAUUAAUUCAUGAGGGUGUGAAACAACAUAAGAGUUAGUAAAUAAAAGCUAUAACUAUAACUUUUGGAUAACUAACCCAAAUUUACAUGAGAAGCAAAUUUGCAUAACAUAUUAAAGGGAUAGUACACCCAAAAAUCAUUUACUCACUCACAAUUAUACAUAAGGGUGAGUAAAUGAUGAGAGUAUUUUCAUUUUUGGGUGUACUAACAGUUUUGAGAAAAUAUAUUUUGAAUAAUUUUUCUUACCCCAUUGACAAAUAUUUUUUCUUGUUUUAAGCGUUAAUCUCACUCAAUUUUGUUAGACUAAGCCUUAAAGCAAGAAAAAAAAAUGCCAGUGGGGUAAGAAAAAAUUCAUUAAUUCAAGAGCCAAUGUUUAAUAAAAAUAAUUAUAAUAAAAAAAUAUAUAAUAUAUAAAAAUAUAAAAGUUUUAAUAUUUGGAUGUUAAAUUUUGUAUUUAUUUUUACAGGAAAACAAGAGAAAAGUGCUGAUUAAAUAAAUAUUUUGCAAUGUAUAUUAUUGUCACUAACAUAAUUGUUUCAUAAAAAACUAUUAUUUAGUAACGAGAUAUUUCUCAAACAAGUACUUGUUGAAUAUACCACUUUGUUGAAUAUGUAUCCUGUUUGUGCUAUGAAAAAUUGAAAUGUAUAGAUUAUAUAUAGAUAUGAUACAUUAGGGUAGCUAAUUCUACAUACUUACAUAUAACUAUGUGCAUAAGCUGCUUGUAACAUUAUAAACAUGACACACAAAAUAAUAUUUUCAUCCAUGUAACUUAAUGAAUUAUACAAAUAAAAUGUUCCAUUGUGUUGUCAUGGAGCUUGUCAAGAUCUAUGAACAGUUAAAGCUUUUCAAAUCCAAUAUAUGAAAGCAAACUCCAGACAGCCACUUGUUGGACGAGACUAAAGAUCAAUA